AUGCAGUUAACUUACAUAUUUACGUUGGGCACGCGUAAUAUAAAGCGGGAAGGCAGGGCAAAGUUACAUACGAUCAUUUUUCUGCACACGCAGUCAUCGCACCUAGCGGUGCCUGUGAGAAAGGAGAUAAAAAACCCAUCGAUCGUCGAAGGAGAAAAGUGUUAUGUGGCUGUGAGUCGUGGCUUCAUCGUCGAUGAAACAUGGUGUAUAACAUUAAUUUUAGUUUUUAUUAACGUGAAAAUUAUUAAACUCUAAAUUAUUAAUGAGUUUUCAUCAUAUUAUGUGUUCCAUAGUUUGUCAGUAGAGAAUGUCACACGAUGCCGUUAAACGUUGCAGAAAAUAAGCAUCAUGUAGAGUAUUGUAGAGAAAAUGAUGACCCACGUAAUGAGUCUUGCUCCUACUCGAAGACGCUGGCUGAUUGUGCUGGUGGUGAUUCUGGUGCCAUGCAUCAUACUGAAUUUUGUAUCCACCCCAGAUAUACAAGACGAGACAAUACUUCAGAACAGUAUUGCAGAGUUGCAGAUCAAAUUGGAGCAUUUGCACUCCAAGUAUCUAACAAGUCAAGAGGAGAUACAGAUGCUUACUUAUCAGUUAAUUCAAUUGACAGAGGGAGCACAUUUGCUACCUGAUAUUCAAGCAUUUAUAAACAACUCAAACACCAAUAUCACCAAUUUGAAAUUGCCAACAGUAUACAAUUUUCUUCCUCAUCUACUCAAUGACCCAAACAGUAUACGUCCUGCUUUUAUACAUAGCAAAGGAAGAACCGGAGUAAGCAUGGUAUUAGGUAUCCCCACUGUUAAGAGAGAAGUGCAAAGUUACUUAAUGGCAACACUUAAGAAUCUCUUGGAUCGAAUGAGCCCUGUCGAAACUUCUGAUACUCUCAUUGUAGUAUUAAUUGCUGAGACUGAUAUGGAUUAUGUGUCUUAUGUUGCAAAACAAAUUGAAGUACAGUUUCCAAGUGAAUAUCAAUUGGGAAUAAUAGAUGUUAUAUCUCCUCAUCCAUCAUAUUAUCCUGAUUUUUCUAAAUUACGAGAUACAAUGGGAGAUAAUCAUCAGAGAGUAAUUUGGAGGUCAAAACAAAAUUUAGAUUUUGCAUUUCUUAUGUCAUAUGCACACACUAAAGGAAUGUUUUAUGUCCAAUUGGAAGAUGACAUUCUUGCAAAAAAAAAUUUUAUCACUACAAUGAAAUCAUAUGCUUUGCAAAAAGUCAGUAUGAAAGAAAGUUGGGUUGUGCUUGAUUUUUGUCAACUAGGUUUUAUUGGUAAAUUAUUCAAAUGCACCGAUCUACCUUCAAUUGUGCAAUUUUUUCUAAUGUUUUACAAUGACAAGCCAGUUGAUUGGCUUCUAGAUAAUUUAAUCUCAACAAGGAUUUGCAGUCUUGAUAUGGAUAAUAAACGUUGUAAAGUGGCGAAAGGUGAACUGUGGCUUCAUUAUAAACCCUCAUUGUUUCAACACGUUGGUACUCAUUCAUCGUUAAAAGGAAAAGUUCAAAAAUUAAAAGACAAACAAUUUGGUAAAAUCACUUUGUACUAUGGCCACAGAAAUCCAGAUGCGGUUGUUGAAUCUCAGAUCAAGUCAUAUAAACAAUUUACGCUUAAUAAAGCUUAUAAAGGAGAAUCUUUUUUUUGGGGCCUUUUGCCAGAACCUGGUGAUCAUUUGAGAUUCAAAUUUAAUCAUCCUAUUUUUAUAAAAAAAUAUUUAUUUAGAAGUGGAAAUGCUGAGCAUCCUUCUGAUAAAUUUUACAAUACAACUGUUGAAGUUUUGCCACAAUCAUCUAAUUCUAUCAACAGGAAUCAUAAUAAUGUUACAGAAGAUGGAUACAUUAUUAUUGGUAGAUUUGAUUCUCUUGGAGUAGCCCGAGGAACUGUGGAUAAAAAAUUAGGAAAGAUAGCUGUGCUUCGCCUGACAGUCCACAGUGAAAGCGACAACUGGGCCAUUUUAUCUGAAAUCAAUAUAGAAGAAGAUUCUAAUAGCUGACGAAAAAGAGUUCGCAAUAAAUAUUAUCGACGUCGUUUACAUUACGCGUGAGGAUUUGCUGUUACGAUUGUGUUUCAUCUGUACAUAUUUUCAAUCAUAUUAUUUAUCGUGCCUUCUUGUGAAAGUUAAUUUACUGUAACAAGCCUUUCUAAAUUAAAUGUACAUGUACUUAAAUAUAUUCUCUAAGAACGCCAUAUACAUAUAUUAAUCAUGUACAUACAUCUGAAUGUUAUUUGAUGUAUGCUAAUUGUUUUAAUUAUUUAAAUCAACGUCUUUAUUCAUUGCUUACGCUAAUCGAACCUCGGUGUUACUACAGUGGGCACAAAAAAAGUAUCUGGCACAUUCAGUCCAGACCAUAUUUAAAUUUUGUGAUAAAUGAUGAAAGAAUUAUAUUUAAAACGAUCUAUUUAAUGCGUAAGUAUGGAAAGAAUUUAUCAAUCUCCAAUCGUAUGAUUUUGUUUAAAGUUUUA